AUGGCCUCCGGCUGCCGCUGGGCCGGCUCCGGGAUUCGGGACGGAGUUCCCGCCGCCCCCUGACAGCGCAGCCGCCUGUCCACUUCCUCCCUCCUCGCCAUGGCCGAGUCUCCGACAGCCCCUCAAGACCUGGAAGUGGCCAAGCUCCAGCAACGCCUUGCUGAGUUGGAAAAGGCCAAGGCUGAUUUCUUGCGCACCAAACAGCAGUUGGAAUUCGAGUUUAAUCAGAAGAGGGCAAAAUUCAAGGAGCUGUACCUCGCAAAAGAAGAGGAACUGAAGCGGCAAAAUGUUGCAUUGCAGUCUGCAGAAGGCGAUGUUACUCGGCUGCAAGUCCAGCUCAUGGAGGCAAAUGCUGACAUGGAGAAUAUAAAAGCAGUUGCUACGGUUUCUGAGACCACCAAACAGGAGGCAAUCGAUGAUGUGAAGAAGCAAUGGCAGGAAGAAGUUGCUUCAAUGCAGGCCAUAAUGAAAGAGACAGUGAGAGAGUAUGAGAUUCAGUUCCACCAGCGGCUGGAACAGGAACGCACGCAAUGGGGGCAGUACAAGGAAGCAGUGGAACGUGAAUUGGCUGACCUAAGGAGGCAACUCUCUGAAAGACAAGAGGAGGACAGUUUAGAAAAUGAUAUGAAGAAAGCUCAGGAAGAUGCUGAGAAGUUGCGGUCAGUGGUAGUGCCCAUGGAGAAGGAGAUAGCAGCUCUGAAAGAAAAGCUAUUAACAGCUGAGGAAAAGGUCAAAGAACUGGAAGCCUCAAAGCAGGUUAAAGAGCUGAACCAUUAUCUUGAGACUGAGAAAUCCUGCAGGACAGACCUGGAAAUGUAUGUUGCUGUUCUCAACACACAGAAAAGUGUGCUGCAGGAAGAUGCAGAGAAACUGCGCAAAGAGCUGCAUGAAGUGUGUCAUCUUUUGGAACAAGAAAGACAACAGCACAACCAGUUGAAAUACACAUGGCAGCGGGCCAAUGAUCAGUUCCUAGAAUCCCAGCGGCUCCUCAUGAGGGAUAUGCAGCGCAUGGAGAACGUUCUCACUUCAGAGCAGCUUCGGCAGGUUGAAGAGCUGAAAAAGAAGGAGCAAGCACAUGAUGAACAGCGGAGCCUCAAAAACGUCAAGGAGAGGAAGCAGCCGGAGACUGAAGAAGAAGGAUCUGUAAUGAACUCCCAGUCACGUGUGGAAUCUCCUGCCAAAUCUCUCGGUGUCUUAGAUGUUGAAGUGAUUUGUGGAAAUAACAUACACGGUUCUGUGCACUCCUUGGAUUCUGAUUUGUCGGCCUCCACGGCAGGUCCUGCUACUAAACAAGAUGGUGAGCCAUUUCGAGAAGGCUUACGAAGAGUGCAGUCCACUGACAGUCUAGGCACCUCAGGCUCCUUGCAAUCAAAGAGCUUGGGCUGCGGACAAAAGGCGAAAUCAGCAGGAAAUCUGGAUGAGUCAGAUUUUGGGCCAUUGGUUGGAGCAGACUCUGUUUCUGAGAACUUUGAUACAGUCUCAGUUGGCUCUUUCCAGAUGUCUGGUUCCUUCACCCUGACAAAAGAUCAAGAAAAGGCAAUUAAAGCACUCACACCCGAGCAAGAGGAGACUGCUUCCCUUUUGUCAAGUCUUACACAGGUGGUGGAUAGUGCUCCCAGUGGGUAUAGAAUGGUCAGUGAGAAGGAAUGGAAUUUACUUCAACAGGAGGUACAGAAUGCUGGAAACAAGCUGGGUCGCCGCUGUGAUAUGUGCUCAAAUUACGAGAAGCAGCUUCAAGCAAUCCAAGUACAGGAGGCAGAGACCCGGGACCAGGUAAAGAAGCUACAGGUGAUGCUACGCCAGGCCAAUGAACAGCUGGAAAGAACAAUGAAGGAGAAACAGGAGCUGGAAGAUUAUGUCAAACAAAGCUCUGAUGACACUAGUAGCCAGGUGACUAGACUGGUCCAGCAAGCACAAGAGGCUGACAGCUUACUCACCAGCAUGCAACAGUUGUUUUCCCAAGCCAAGCGAAACACCCAGGAGCAAAUGGCGGUGCUGAUACGCUCACGGGAACAAGUAUCUGAGGAACUGAUAAGGCUGCAGAAGGAAAAUGAGAGUCUUCAGGGGAAGCAUAGCCUACACUCAUCUGUUCUUCAAGGAGAGAAUUUCAUUCCACCAGACACUGUGGAGGAAUUGCAUGAAUUAGUGCAGAAGUAUCGUGAAAAUAUAAUCAAUGUUCGAACAGCAGCUGAUCACCUAGAGGAGAAACUAAAGGCAGAAAUCCUCUUCCUGAAGGAGCAGAUUCAGGCAGAACAGUGUCUGAAAGAGAACAUUGAAGAAACGCUACAGCUGGAAAUAGAUAAUUGUAAAGAGGAGAUUGCAUCUUACUCCAGUUUAAAAACGGAAUUGGAAAGAGUGAAAGCAGGUAAAGAUCAGCUGGAAGGCAGAAUGCAAGAGAAGAUCCAGCAUCUGGAGAAUCUUGAAGAAGUGAAUAACAGCUUGCAAGAACAACUGAAGAAGGAGGGGGAUGCUAAGACGAACCUGGAACAGUUGCUGUACGAGGAGAAGAAUAAAGGUCAGAGGUUGCAGACUGAGCUUGACGUCAGUGAGCAAGUGCAGAGAGAUUUUGUCAAACUCUCCCAGACUUUACAGGUGCAGUUGGAGCGGAUUCGUCAGGCGGAAUCAUUGGAAAAUGUCCGUGUAAUCCUGAAUGACACGAAACUGACAGAUAUUAACCAACUUCCUGAGACAUGACAUUGAACCCUGGGGAUUGAGGCUACAACAGUUUUUACUCAACCAGACACAUCUUUGUAGAAACAUGUUAAUUCUUAUUUAACUCUGAAGGAUCAGAGCCUAUGGAUUAAUAGAAUGCAGUAAUUGAGGUGUAAAUGUUUCUAGACUGACUUUGUACAGGGUGCCUGACUGCAGUUAGAGCUUCCCAAUUCAUGAAAUUGCAACAGGGGAACACUACCGAAAUUUUAAAUUUUACAUAUGAUGAGAAGAGAUCACCGAGUGUAUGCCGUGCGUAAACUUUGAAAAAUCAUUGAUACAAGAAUUCCCACUCUUGCUGGAGUAGACAUAUCUAAUCUGUUGCUCUGCUAUUUAUACUAUUAAUUUAGUCCUUUUCUCAUCCAUUUCCUGUACAUUCACUAAAGCAGUACCAGUCAAAACCUUUAACUCACACAUUUACUUGUGAAAUUUAAUUGUUUAGUGCUCAGAAAAGUGUGAACGUUUUGCUUUUUUUCAAAUGGUACUGACUCCAGAAUCUCUUUGUCUUCCCAGUCCUGCCAACUCCUCCCACCAGCUGACAAAGCUUCAGUAGAAUUUGUAUUUAUUGUACUUGCUAUCCCCAGCAGUUUCGCAUUACUCCUGCCUGUAGUGAACUGCGUAUCCUGUAUCUCACUGCACAAGUUGUGUGAAAAGGAAAUUUAAAAAACCUACUUAGCCAGCUUUCAUUGAUUAAAUAUUGCUGACUUGCUAUAGAUAUGAGAUAGAAGCAAUUGAACCAUUUUCUAUUAAUGAUUUAAGAAAAAGGAGUCUUGGUUGACCAGUUUUAAAUUUAAGUAUAAUUCUCAAGAUUCAAUACAUUUUCAAACAAGUGCACUCAGAUUAAUAUUGAAACUAAAUAUUAUCAGGUGAACCGUUACUCAGCAUGAAAUUGUUGCAGUUCAGCUGGUUAUAUUAAGGAUAUUUGGUGUCUAAACAUAUUGAGCUGUUUUAGGAUGGGAUGUAAAAUGAUGCAAUCUCACUUGAUUUAGCCCUUCAUUACUGCCUUUAAAGAUUGAAACUUGGGACUUGGAGUAAUCAGAUCAAAACACUUUGACUGCCCUACAGGUUUUCUACGCUCAUUGUCUUUGUUCUUUAUAUACAUGAGGAAGCUAAUUUAAGUUUCUAACACUUCUUUUUUGGUCACAUUUAAAAGGAACAGUUCAGGUAAUUAAAGUUUGAACCAACACCUGGCCUAAGAUUCUGUACAAACACGAUCACCUUGGUCUACAAGUGACUUCCAUGCCCCAAACAUACAAUUUGAACAGCAGCACAAUGAGGAAACCUACUGCAGUAAUGGGAGAGUUGGCGAUUUCACACCACUAGUAGGGAACAGUUGUUUAAGCAUUGUGCUGAACUUGCCAUGUCUGGGGUGAGACAUUCUCCAGUUAUAAGCUGUUAAAAGGUCCAACGCACAGAAUGGUAUUUAAAAGUAUGUAUUGGUAAUUGCUUAGAAAUGUGUAUUUUCACAGCAUUGCAUAGGCAGCAGUGAAUACAAAGAAAUGAGGUUGCACAUAAUCUCAUUGAAUCAUGAUGAAAAGUUCUGGGGCGAGGUGAAGGGACAAUUGACAAUGUGAAAGACAGUUUGCAAUUUCAAAUGCAUUUUGAACAAGGAAGGCAUUUUAUUCCCCCUAAAAUAUUUGCAGAAGAUGGCUGUUUAUUCAAGGAAAUAAUUAUGCAUUGUUUUAACACUUGUAUAUCUGAUAUUUUUUCCUUUGAGCCUUUUAAAAUUAAACCUACCAUUACUUCCUCAGCACUCGCUUUAAAUAGAACCAUGGUACAGUAUUAAAAGCAUGGCACUUCUGUCUUUUCCAUUACAGCUCUGAUUUAAACAUGGUAUAUGUGUGACAUUACUGGCUAGUGAAACCAGAAGAUGAUCUCUGCAGUUUUUAUAUAUAUAUAUAUAUAUAUAUAUAUAUAUAUAUAUUAAUAGUUCCUCUUACAUGAAUUGACUUUAAAGCUUUGAUCAGCUAUAGCUGAUUCAGCAAUAUCUAAAUCCUGGUAACUAUAAGUACAGUACAAGAAAGCAGAGGUAAGGGGUAAUAUGUUCCUUUGUCCAUUGUUGGGACUUCAUGUGCAGUUUCCCUUCAUAAUAGCAUGUCUGUAUUUAUUUAGUCCAGUGGUGUAACCACAUUUUAACUGCCCACAUCUCCCAAUAAGAGGUUCCUAGGGCACUUUGAGAGAAGAGUCAUGUCUGACAAGCCAUCGGUUUGCUGUGCAAGUGUGGAUGUACAAUUCUGCUGUUUACAGAUUUAAAAUGUAACCAAUUUAACUAUACUGAGGGUGUCCUUAUGAAGAAAGUCUUUAAAAUAAAAGCUGCUGGAGUAAA